AUGGCUGUGCUCUUGCGAGGCUCGCUGCGGGCGUUCUCGGCGUGGGGGGAGCGGAACCCGUCCGCACUGAACGUUAUGGCCGCCACCACGCUCGGCGGCGCCGGCGAUGUCGGCGCGCAGCUGAUCGAGGGCGCCGAUGGGCUCGGCGCGCUUGACGCAAAGCGCACCGCCUGUGUGUGCGCGUGGUACGCGCCGGCGGCGCUAUUCUUCUGGACGCCGUUCAUGGGCGGUGUCGAGCGCACGUUUGGGACGAGCGGCGCCAAGUCGGUGGCAGCCAAGGUCCUCUGCUACAACCUUGCCAUCAGCACGGUCGACAUCACGGGCUUCCACCUCGUCUCGCUCACGCCGCAAGUGGGGGCCGAGAAGGCGGUGCAGACGCUGCGGGAAGGGUACGCAGACGCCGUCGCCGCGGGGUGCAGCUUGUGGGUGCCCGCGAUGACGCUCAUCUUCUGGCGGGUUCCUGCACACCUGCGGCUGAGCACGAGCUACGCGCUUGACGUGUGCUGGGCCUCCACGAUGUCCUUCCUCAGCAACCGGAGGAAGAAUCUGGUCGAGGCGGCGCCACCGCCGGCGCCGGCAUGGAGCGGGAAGCUUGGAGUGAGAAAGAGCGUCAUUGACUGA